GAGCAUAUCUGCAACUAACAAUUACUCUAAUCCAUGGUAACGGCUAUCUGGACUAUAUAUAAGACAUGGAAUAAUAUGCUAGGCAUUACUUUUCUUCAACUUUUCAUCAACUUAAGUUUGAUUGUUCCAGUUAAUUCUUCACCAUGAGAGAAAUUGUUCACUUGCAGGCCGGCCAAUGCGGCAACCAGAUCGGAUCCAAAUUCUGGGAGGUCAUCUCUGACGAGCAUGGCGUUGACCCCACUGGAACCUACCACGGAGACUCCGACCUGCAGUUGGAGAGGAUCAAUGUCUACUACAACGAGGCUACCGGUGGAAAGUACGUCCCCCGUGCCGUCCUUGUGGACUUGGAACCCGGAACCAUGGACUCCGUCCGAUCCGGACCUUUCGGCCAGAUCUUCAGACCUGACAACUUCGUGUUCGGGCAGUCUGGAGCUGGAAACAACUGGGCCAAGGGACAUUACACCGAGGGAGCCGAACUCGUCGACUCUGUUCUGGAUGUAGUCAGGAAGGAAGCUGAGGGCUGUGAUUGCCUUCAGGGAUUCCAACUGGCUCACUCUCUCGGAGGUGGAACCGGAUCCGGCAUGGGAACACUCCUGAUCUCCAAGAUCCGUGAGGAAUACCCCGACAGGAUCAUGACCACUUUCUCCGUCGUACCUUCCCCCAAGGUUUCCGACACAGUUGUCGAGCCUUACAACGCCACCCUCUCCGUCCAUCAGCUGGUUGAGAACACCGAUGAGACCUUCGCCAUCGACAACGAGGCUCUCUACGAUAUCUGCUUCAGGACCUUGAAACUCACCACCCCCACCUACGGAGAUCUUAACCAUCUCGUCUCCGCCACCAUGUCUGGUGUCACCACCUGCCUGAGGUUCCCUGGACAGCUCAACGCUGAUCUCAGGAAACUCGCAGUCAACAUGGUUCCCUUCCCCCGUCUCCACUUCUUCAUCCCCGGAUUCGCUCCUCUGACCAGCCGAGGAUCCCAGCAGUACAGAGCUCUGACCGUCCCUGAGCUCUCCGCCCAGAUGUUCGAUGCCAAGAACAUGAUGGCCGCUUGCGACCCCAGACACGGCCGAUACCUCACAGUUGCCGCCAUGUUCCGAGGACGUAUGUCCAUGAAGGAAGUCGAUGAGCAGAUGCUGAACGUACAAAACAAGAACAGCAGCUACUUCGUCGAAUGGAUCCCCAACAACGUCAAGACCGCCGUCUGUGAUAUUCCUCCCAGAGGACUCAAGAUGUCUGCUACCUUCAUCGGAAACAGCACCGCCAUCCAGGAGCUCUUCAAGAGGAUUAGCGAGCAGUUCACUGCUAUGUUCAGGCGUAAGGCUUUCCUCCAUUGGUACACUGGUGAAGGUAUGGACGAGAUGGAAUUCACCGAAGCUGAGAGCAACAUGAACGAUCUCGUAUCUGAGUACCAACAGUACCAGGACGCCACCGCCGAAGAGGAGGGAGAAUUCGACGAGGAGGAGGAAGAGGAAGAGGGAUAGAUUAAUGACGUCAUGGGUUAAUUUGUGACGUCACCACGCUACCUACCUUCAAUAUUCAAUUAUGGGUUAUGAUAGAAGAUAACGUGGACUGAUGUUUAAUUUGUAACUUUGUAACGCGAUUUUAAGUGGGCUCCUAAAAACAGCACAUGGGGAAAAUUUCUGGGUCUUUUUUCUGGGAAUCAAGAUGCUUCAUUAUAAUUUCAUAUUCAUUCGUAACUUUAUUAAAAUUCUUGCAAUUUCAUCAAA